GUUUGUGCUGUACACGUGCGAGUGUCCGAGUGUUUCACGUUUCCACGUUAAGUCGCAUAUAAUUUUGUUGCUGUGCUAGUGUACCGAAAGAGUUGCUUAAACAAACUGUUAUAAGAGGUGCGCGGUUUCAAUUGUGUUUUUUCAGUGUUAUCCCAAAUAUGAUAUUGUUUCCUUACUUCAUGUCGGAACCCAGUAUGGGCUACACCGAGCACAUCGUAGGCGCGCUUACCUCCAAAUAUGACAGACUUAAAAUUCCUAAACUUUGUGGGAUCUUAUUGAAGGAAUCCAAAACUGACAGGGCACAACUAACAGGUCACCACUGCCUCGUUUAAGUAGUUACCAUGUCCAAGUUAGUAGGAUUUGGGACUGUGGAACGUCCUGAAGCGGGAGAAUAGUUUGUACAUUAAAAUGACUGUUUCUGAAACAGGAAUAUGGGACUGCAGUUUAGCACAAUUUCGAAAGGUGGACAAGUAUUGCUGUUAUCCUCUUGUCUGGUUUCAUUUGUUUGUUCAUUAAAAAAUUGUGAUGAUUAAACUCAGUAAUUAUAUCAAAUUGUAAAGACAAAGGACUGUUUUCAUAAUAUGUUCUAGGUUUUUCUUGGCUGUUUCUUGGUUAAACUUUAAGCUACUGAUUUACUCCAACGAUGACGCGAGUUACAAUACUGGAAAAAGAAGUGAAAGACCAAGAGAAAGCUAGUGCAAUAAUAUCUCUAAUUUGCCAAGUCAGGAGAACAUCCCUUAAAAUGACUUGCCAGCCAGAGCACAGUCUGAAAACAGAAAACUAGUUUGGCGCACAGUACUUGUUUUCCAGUAGCGCAUCCAUGUUGCUUUUCCAUACUGCUGCAUUUUAUAUGGUAUAUUGCUAGAUCGAAUGUACUACCCCAGUAAAAUGUUUGUGUUAUAGAGCCAAACCAUGCACGCGUCCUGGUCACCAUAUCGCAUAGGCUUACUGUGCGUUAGCUGUCGCUGGUGAUUUGAAUAUUUAAAGCAUUUACAAGGCAUGAAAGGGAUCGUCAUUAUAUCGGAACAAUCCGGUUUGCAUAAACGGGUAUGUUCAAGAGCAUACAUGGAAUAGGUUUCAUGGUGGGGGAAAAAUAAUCUGUGGAUAAAAUGUGUUUAGAAGUCCUACUGAGCAAUAUAAGAGGUUCGCGUUUAUCAAAUCAACGGAAACGUGUCAAAACAUUAAAUGAGAUGCGCGUUAUUUCCUCGCAUAUAAUAAACUGGAAUGGUUAUAACAGGUUUUGACAAAGAUCCAAAUAAAUCCAGAUUGUUAACUGAUGGUCGCUUAGUUUAUGUUGUAAUAUCAUGCGUUGUAGACGGCAAGAAUCGGUUUUACUUUAUACGUAGAUACUUUUCCCCCCUGAGCGACAGCGCAGCUGGCUAAUAGCACUAGCAGCGGUACCUUGUUUUUACUACACUUGCGGACUAACCGAGUGGUUGAAUGGUGAAGUACAGGGUUACUUCAUAUAUAGGGCUGUAUUUUUGAGCAACAUUACACAGAAAUAGCAGAUACGGAGCCGGUGAGCGAGGCGUCAGCGUUCGGCUUCCUCCAGGCGCCAGUCCCGACGGGAAAAGACUGCUGUCAGCUGGGAACUACACAGGUCAGAGCGGCGGCAGCGGAGGCGGCGACGAGGACUACGAGAUCCCGCCCAUAACGCCCCCCAACCACCCGGACCCCUCCCUGCUGCACCUGAUGGACCCCGAGACGGGCUACCUCUGCCACUCCCUGCCCCACAACGGCCUGAUCAACCCCUACUCGUACCCGGAGCUGCCCGCCAUCAUGAUGUCCAACAUGCUGGGUCAGGAGGGCCACCUGCUGUCGGGGCAGAUGCACUCGAUCCAGGAGAUGGCUCGCCAAGAUGGUCUGCAUUUUGACUCCGCCCAUCAGAGCCCCCUGAUAAACCGAUCACCUAGGAUACUGGCCCAUCACAUGGGCGCUCUGUCCCAGCUGAGCUCUCAGAUUGGCCUGCGAGGUGCCCCUCCCUACGGUUCCCCCUCACCUCCAGGAAGUAAAUCAGCCACGCCCUCCCCCUCCGGCUCCACCCAGGAAGAGGAAACUGAUUGCCAUACCAAGAUGGCCGGGGAGAAGCGGCCCUCAUCGGAGAUGAUGAAGAAGCCCAAGCCGCAGAAGAAGAAGAAGAAGAAGGACCCCAACGAGCCGCAGAAGCCCGUCUCCGCCUACGCGCUCUUCUUCAGGGACACCCAGGCCGCCAUCAAGGGCCAGAACCCCAACGCCACCUUCGGGGACGUCUCCAAGAUCGUGGCGUCCAUGUGGGACAGCCUGGGGGAGGAGCAAAAGCAGGCGUACAAGAGGAAGACUGAAGCCGCUAAGAAGGAGUACCUAAAGGCCCUGGCAGCGUACAGAGCCAGCCUGGUUUCCAAGAGCUACAGCGACCCCGUGGAGUCCAAGAGCGUCCAAAGCAGCCAGGCGUCGCACAUGAUGGCGCCCAAAGCCGCCCUGUACAGCGUGCCCCCCCAGGCCUCCUCCCCCUAUCUGGGCCCCGCCUCCUUCCCCCUGUCCGACCUGCAGAGCUUCGCCGGGCCCCAGCGCCACGCCCUCUCCCGGACCCUCAGCCAAUCGCAGAUGCUGCCCAGCAUGAGCGCCUCCCCGCCGUCCUCCUUCCAGAUCAGCCCGCCGCUCCACCGGCAGCUCUCCCUGCACCAGGGCUCCAUCCUCAACCAGCCAAUCCGCAUGCAGCAGGUGCAGUCGCAGCCAAUCAUCUCCCACCAGAUGGGGCUCCAAGCUUCUCUUCAUUCACCUCCUCCUGGCCAGCAGGUUGGCGGCGGCCCCGCUAAGGGCAGCGUAGCCCUCCACUUGCUCAAAUACAUUGGAUUCCCUCACAUCCAAUCGGAUUACCAGAACAGCUCGCAGUCUCCGGGGGCGUCCAACCCAGGAAGUGGACAGAACCCAGACUGGGACGGGGAGUACUGCAGUCGCGAAUGCAGCGGAAACCUGUGCAGCAGCGUGAUAGGAAGGGACAAGCCACUCUACCUCACUUGAAGCUGAAGAACCUUGAAUUGAAAGGACACCAGGGAGCUCGCAAACACCACCAUUUUAUCUCCUGUUUUUCCAGCGUUUUUUUUCUCUCUCGCUUUUUUCUUUUAGGAAAAAUUUCAAAUGGAUUCCAUUCGGAAGUCCAGAAGACUACUAGGGAAUUUUUUUUUCUUUUCUUUUUUUCAAGCACUUAGAAAAUCCGGCGAUUGUGUUGACCCUGGAAGUUAAAAAAAAAAAAAAAAAAAAAUUAUAAAACGUGGAUCAGCUUCUUGGGGGUCAUUCAGCUUUAAUAUAUGAAGCCUCGAUGGCUUUUCAGUGUUUUUUUCUGUUGUUUUGUUUCUCCUAUGCCACAAGCUUUGCCAUGAACAGUCCCAGUAAGGAUGUCCAUUAUUGGUUGACAUAUGCCUUGAUGAUGAUGACAAAACUGUGGCCUCUCAGAGUAGCAGCUCAGAGAAUUUCUGCAGAGAAUGGAGUACAAACGACAAACAAAAACAAAAUAAGAACCGUAACUCAAACCCUUUUUUGUAUCAUAGAGGAGAACUGAAACGUUUUACCAAUCUAUCACAGUGUGAUUGUAAAUAUCACUUCUAUGAGAAUAGAGAACAUCUCAAACCCCAGACUUUUUUCCAUCCGUUUUCAUACUAAGCUGUAAUUCCCCCUUGAUUUUCAUUUUGAAAAUAUUUUGUGUUUCGUGAAUUUGAGCAAUUUUUUUCAUGGCAGAUUUGGAUUUUCACACACAAAAUCUUGCAUUAAAACUCUGCUCAUCGGUUGUGUGUGUGUGUGUGUGUGUGUGCAUGUGUGUUUGCGUGUGUGUGUGUGUGUGUGUGUGUAUGUGUGCGUGUGUUGUUUUUUUCUCCCCACAUUUAAAGAAAUACAAAGACUUAAGAUAUACUGUCCUGACAGUCAUUGAGGGUCUAUAAAAGUCUCACCUUAUAGUUCAGACAGUCUGCCCUGGCCAAUCACACCACAGUGCAUCUGUAACGAUUUUGCUCCCUUUUUGGUUUAUUAUCCAGUUUCAUCACAGUCCACAAAACGACUUGUACAGGUGAAUAAAAAAAAAAUACUUAAUGUGAAAUGUAACUAAAGAAAAGCAUAACAGUGGAUUUAUAGUUUUUGAGUAGUUUUACUAGGUGUUUUAGAAUUGUGUUGAACUCAUCUUUAUAAUUUUUGUGAAAAAUAAUAAUGCAUUUAAUUUCAGAAGGCAUACAUUUUGCUAUUCAUUGUAGCACAUUUGAGUUUUUGAAGAGCGGAGAUUGGGGGUGGGGUAAGGGGGAGGGGGAUAUUUCAGUUGUGUACAAACCUGCCAAAUGUUCUUCUUUUAUUUGUAAAGCCAGUGAUGAAAAUCGGUCUGUUGUAUUGCAUUAUAGUCUCUUUUUUUCCUUUGCAAUAUGCCCAUCUUCUAUUUAAUUUUAUUGACUGGUUUCCUAUCUAUUUAUAAAUGAUAUGAAGUAACUUUUUGGCUUGUUUUUAUCAUGGUGUGUAUUUUUAUUUUAUUUCUGUUUGAUUACCAUUAUUAUUAUUAUAAUUAUUAUUAUAAUAAUUAUUGUUACAUCUCCUUGUCCAGUUCUUUUGUCACAAUGCUUCUUUUAUUUUGUCUGUAAUAAAAUGUUUUAAGUGGAA